GUGUUUCUUCUUCCGGCACACGCAAACAUGGCGCCCCCCAUUCCGCUCCUGGCAGUGCGAGGAUCUGACGGUACAUCUCUGCUUCGUGGACCGCCAACCUGUGAACAACAUGCCGCCUUCCAGAGGGACCCUCGGGUCUGCAGGUGUUUUACGUUCAGCAGAGAUGGGACUCUGUUCAGCUGGUGUAACGGACAGAGUGUCACUGUGGUCAAAUCUUCAGACAGCUCCAUUGUGGCGACCUUUGACCUCCCAAAGACAGCUCUCCUGGAGUUUUCUCCUCUGGGCGGCGUCCUGGUCACCUGGCAACCGUACACCAAGUCUCCAGACAGUCCUCAGGGCGACGCUAACCUCCAACUGUUCGAGCUGCCAAGUGGACGGUUGAUCAAAGCUCUGUACCAGAAGAAGGUAGACCUGUGGUGUCCCAGCUGGUCUGACGAUGAGAAGAUUGCAGUGAGGAGCGUCAACAACGAGCUGCAUUUCUAUGAGAACAACGAUUUCAACACCAUCGCUAACAAGCUGCACAUGCAGAAGGUUUCAGACUUUGCGUUGUCACCUGGGGGACAGCCCAGUAAGGUGGCUGUCUACGUGCCGGGCAGUAAAGGAGCGCCGUCUUUCGUGCGUUUGUACCAGUACCCAGUUCUGGGCGGACCCACGGCAGCACUCGCCAACAAGAGCUUCUUCAAAGCUGACAAAGUGACCAUGCAGUGGAACAAGAAAGCGUCGGCCGUUCUGGUGACGGCGAGCACCGAGGUAGACAAAACAGGAGCAUCGUAUUACGGCGAGCAGACGCUGCAUUACCUGGCGGUGAAUGGAGAGACGGCACUGGUCCAGCUACCGAAGAACGGUCCAAUCUAUGACGUGGCCUGGAGUCCCACCUCCUCCGAGUUCUGUGUGGUCUACGGCUUCAUGCCCGCCAAAGCCACCAUCUUCAACCUGAAAUGUGACCCGGUGUUUGACUUCGGAACCGGACCUCGGAAUGCCGCCUACUACAGUCCUCAGGGCCACAUCCUGGUUCUGGCCGGGUUCGGGAACCUGAGGGGUCAGAUGGAGGUCUGGGACGUCAAGAAAUACAAACAAGUGUCCAAACCUCAGGCUCCAGACGCCACCCACUUCUCCUGGUGUCCUGACGGUGAGCACGUUGUCACGGCGACCUGCUCUCCGCGUCUGCGCGUCAGUAACGGUUUUAAGAUCUGGCACUACACGGGCUCGGUUCUGCACAAGUGGGAGGUGGCGGCGGGUUCGGAGCUGUGGGAGGUCUGCUGGCAGAACUUCGCAGACGGCAGCUUCCCUGAGCGGCCCAUCCGCUACCAGGCCACGCCCACUGAACUGGGCACCACGCAGGCUGCGCCCACCCAGGCGUACCGCCCUCCUGCCCUCAGACACCUGCCGGCCGCCGCCAGCUCCAAACUGCACGAAGAAGAACCUCCUCAGAACAUGAGACCCGGAGCCUCUGGAGAGAAGGCGUUGUCCAAGACGGCGCUGAAGAACCAGAGGAAACGGGAGGCCAAGAAGGCGGCGAAGCAGGAAGCAAAAUCUGAACCUGAGCCUGAGCCUUCGUCUGACCCCGCCCCCGUCAGCAACAGCCAAUCAGCUUCAACCUGUGGAGAAUCUGAGACAGACAAGAAGAUCAGGAAUCUGAAGAAGAAACUCAAAGCUAUUGAGGAGCUGAAGGAGCAGCAAGCGUCUGGAAAAGUCCUGCAGAAAAACCAGCUGGAGAAGGUCCAGAAGGAGGAGCAGCUGCUGAAGGAGCUGGAGGAGCUGCAGAUUGGACACUAGGAGGCCACGCCUCCAAUCCCAUCAGCCAUUGCACAAGCAGCUGCAGACUCAGCCUGUUUGAGUUAGAGACAGGUUUAGACUCACCUGUUGGACUGGAGGGGCGAGGCUUAAAGCUGGACAUGCCCCCUGCGCUUGUUCCCUGAUUGGUUUGUUUUCUAUCCAAGUGAAAAUGGCAAAUUCAUUCCUGGCUGCUGCUGAAAUGCAUCCUGGGAAAUGCGGUAUGAGGGUUCACUGACAUAUUUAUGAAAAACCAGUUUUAUUUUUAAAGGAACAGUUCUACCUUUUAUUUUAAAAAUGUGGGAAUGUUCCUUUAAAUCCACACCUGUUCGUCACAGCCCUGUUGCUAUGCAACGCCGAUGCUGCCAUAGCGACGGACAGUCUGUUUAUAGGGAACUGCAGUGUUACUUUCACAGUAAAAGCCUGAUGCCACAUUUUACUGCAACAUUUAACUGUAAUAAACUGAUGUGGGAGAGUUUGGUGUUCAGAGUGAUUCCUACCUGUCAUUACUCAUCUGAGGCCCCGCCCACGUGGAUCACAGUGACAUCUUGGAAUCAUGUGACAUUUAGUCUUCAUCUCCUGCUGUAACAUUUGGUCUAAUGGUCACACAGAUUUGAAUAAAAUCAUUAUACAUUUAAAUGUG